AUGGCUCUUGUGUUCACACUGAUUUUCAGUCUUUUCACACUGGGGUCAGGCCAGUGGCAGGUGUUUGGGCCAGACAAGUCCUUCAAGGUCUUGGUGGGGGAGGACAUAGUGUUCUCCUGCUUUCUGUCUCCCGAGACAAGUGCAGAGGCCAUGGAAGUGCGCUUCUUCAAAGAUCAGUUCUCCUCUGUGGUCCACCUCUACAGGGAUGGGCAAGACCUGUAUGAUAUGCAGCUGCCAGGCUUUAGAGAGAGAACAGAGUUGGUGAAGGACUCCAUGGACUAUGGCCGAGUGUCUCUAAGGCUGAAGAACAUCACUGCCUUGGACGCUGGCUUGUAUGGAUGCCACUUUAGCUCUCAGUUUCAUUACCAGGAGGCCACCUGGGAGCUGCAGGUGUCAGCACUGGGGUUGGCCCCUCUCAUUUCUAUCAUGGGACAUGGUGGAAAUAUUCAGCUACUGUGCAAGUCCUCGGGCUGGUUCCCACAACCCACAGUAAAGUGGAAAAGUCCACAGGGACAUGAUUUGCCCUCAGACUUGAAGGUGAACACAGACGUACAAGGCCUGUUUCAUGUGGAAACCUCCAUUAGGGUCCAAGACAAUACUGGAAACAUAUCAUGCUCCAUCCAGCACCAGGACCAGGACCAAGAGAUGAAACUUAAUGUAUGGAUAGGAGAGACGUUUUUCCAAACAUCACCAUUCUAUCCGGUGUCUAUUUUGCUGGGAGUGCUCUGCUUUGUCCUGUGCGCUGGUAUCGCUGGUAUCAUUGUCCUGAGGAUUUCCUUCAACAGGGGGAAAAUUCAGAGAGAAUUGGAUUGGAGAAAGAAGCAUGCAGAGGCAGAAUGGAGAGAGGCCCAGAAACAUGCAGCGGAGGUGACUCUGGACCCAGACACGGCUCAUCCCUGUCUCUACAUUUCUGAUCUGAAAGCUGUCACCUAUAGCAGUAUUCACCAGGAUGUGCCCUACUUGGAGAAGAGGUUCCGGAGGAAGUGUGUGGUGGCUUCUCAGGGUUUCCAGGCAGGGAAACACUACUGGGAGGUCGAUGUGGGACACAAUAGGUAUUGGGGCUUGGGCGUCUGCCGGGAUGAUGUUAACAGAGAGGAAAUUUUUGAGACUUUGUCUCCCGAAAAUGGGUACUGGGUGCUGAGACUGAAUGAAAAAAAUAAGUAUUUCACAUUCAUUCCUGAUAGAAUUGAUCUAUCUCUGAGAACCCCCCCUAUACAAGUAGGGGUCUUCCUGGACUAUGAAGGUGGGACCAUCUCCUUCUUCAAUAUAAAUGAUCAGUCGCUCAUUUGUACCCUGACACAUCAGUUUGACGGGUUGUUGAGGCCCUAUAUCCUGUGUGAAGCAUAUAGUGCAACUCCUCUAGUCAUCUUUGCUGUGCCACAGACAUCAGAGGAAGAAGCUCCUCCUCAAAUGGCCUCCAGAACCACUGAUGCAGACGACUUGAGGCCCUCUGCGCAGGUGACCACACCCUUCCUUUCCAAGAGUAAUGCCCAGAGGAACUAA